GGAGCUUCACUUACCCUUAUUACUUUGUUAUGCCAAUGGCAAUUUCUCCUGAACCCGUGUCCGAAAAUCCGAUUGAUUUCCGUGCCCCGCCGCCUUCUCCGAUAGCUGCCGGCCGCCGAUCGACCGUCACCAAUGAUGAAAUCCUCACUGAAUUCCUCCAUCACUCGCUGCGUGUUCCCGACCUCGUCUUGCCCGAUAAGGUCUUUCCCCGCCAAAAGUUCAUCGAAAGCCCCCCGGUAAUUGAUUUUCAAUCCUUAAAUUCCAAGGAGAGUGAUCCAAUACGCAAGAUUUUGGAUUGCAUACCUGGAACUGGGUGCUUUCAGCUAGUGAACCACGGAAUUCCACCUGAAACUAUAAGUGCAGCAUUGGCGGUGGCCACUGGAGUUUUCCGUGUCUCGAUGGAGAAGAAGGCGGUGGUGACGAGGUCAUUGGAAAGGCCAUAUGGGUUUGAGGAAGGUCAUGGAGAUGAGGCUGAGAGUGAACUUAGUGAAGAGUUUGUCUGGUGUAGAGAUGAAGGCUUGAAGUUGAAAAUGGAGGGAAUUUGGCCACUUGGGUAUUCAAAUUUCUGUGAGAAAAUGGAAACCCUUUUGUGGGAGAUAGAGAAGGUUUCUGAGAAAAUUCUGCUAGCCCUCUGGGAAAGUUCUUUAAGAAGAUCAAUUUGUGGAAAUGAUAUGAUUCAUGGGCAAGAAGUUGGGUCAGUUUGUUGUCUCUACAAGCAUAGCAGGAAUGUUCCUGCUGAUCGAUGGUAUGAUGUGAUCAGGAUGCUGAUAAGGGGCACUGAUUUCUCUCAUGCUUUGUGUUUGCAUGUAUGUGAUGGGGCUUCAGAGUUCCAUGUUUACUCCAAGAAAGGCUGGGUAUCUUUUAUCCCAGAUAAAGGUGCUCUAAUCAUCACAGUUGGAGACCAAAUCCAGGCAUUAUUGAGUGGUGGGAAUUACAAGCAUGUGAUUGGAAGGCCAAUCUUUGAAGAUGAGAAAGAGGACUGUAUAUCAAUGGCUUUCCUCUAUUCCCCUCCAAGCACCAUCAACACCAGCUACUCCAAAACCAACGGGAAAAAGUCUGUUUCUCUGGGCCAACAAGCCUUGGUGGCUUUAGUUUUGACUCUUAUAUACCAAUUUUUUGCUUACAUUUUUAAGAAAUUUUGAUUUUGUCAUCUUUCCAUCAAUCAAUGGGAAUAAUGUAUAUACUUUUACACUUUGCCUAAUGGGGCAAAUGUCAUUUCAAUGAGGCCAAGGGAUGGGGA